AUGAUAUUGAAUGAUAUAAUAAUACACAAUAUUAUUAGAAAGAGAAUACUUAAUAAUAGUUUAAAAAAAAAAAAUAAAAAGGAUAUUUUUUGGGUUUUUUUAAAAGAUUCUAUUUGUGAAACUAUAUGGAGAAUAAGAAGAAUCUAUAAAAGAAUUUAUAGAAUUGUAUCACAUAAGACAUCUAUUUGCAGAAUUUUAGAUUCAUAUAUAUCAUUGGAAGAAUCGUCGUUGAAAUGGGGGGAGGAAAGACGGAAAAUUUGGAAUAUUGAAGAAAAUAAGAAGUUAGAAAGUUUAGUUUGGAAUAUUUAUGUAGAAUUAUGUUUGUCAGUAUCUGUUUAUAGUGAAUGGAAGGAUUUGCUCUAUAGAGCAGGAAGUUUAGAUUCAUUUGAAGAAAUCAAGUUUAUUGAUACGGUGAUUACGUCAAUUUUAUUAAAGAAAAAAAUAGAGUACAGUUAUAGAGAAGAUAUGUGUUCCAAACAAUGCCUCUGUUUACGUUAUUCAGUUAUGAGUAUUUUUUUUAUUCAGAAAGAAAAAAAAAGUAUAAUGCAAAAAUGUCUUACAGAGGUUGAAUAUUAUCAAAAUCAAAAAAUGUUUGAAGAAAUAUGGGAUGCACUAAUUGUAAGUGGAAAAGGAAUACAAAAUAAUAAAAAAAAUUGGGUGAUGUUAGGUUUUCAAGGAGAUGAUCCUAGUACAGAUUUUAGAUCUAUGGGAAUUUUUGGACUACAAUUACUACAUCACUUUGUAUUAACACAAAAUGAAUACACUAAAAUCAUGAUAUCGGAAUCUAGAUCAAAUCAUACUGACAUUAACCUUCCUUGGUAUUCUUUUGCACUUGCUGCUAUAAAUAUCCUGGCAUACAUUAUAGAUUUAAUGAAUGAAAACAGACUCGAAAGAAUUUUUAUUCAGUGCUACAAUUAUAGCGUAUAUGUCGAAGAAACUAUAAAACAUUUAUUUUGUUAUACAUUUAUUUCUUUUCAUCAUUUUUGGAGACAUCAAGUCUCCACAAAAAAUGUCAGGACAGUUUUCGACUUCGAACGUUGUUUAAAACGUUUCAAAAAAGAAACAAGGGAUGACAUAACAAUGGGUAACAAUAUGUUUAAAUUUUAA